GAGCAGCAGCAGGAGAAAAAAAAAAAAAAAAAAAACAUGGCGAUGUCCGUAAGGAUCUCUCCCCUCUGUCGCUGGGCUGGACGGACAGUGUCCUCGUUGUCUGCAGGACACAGACGGGAAGUGGGUCUGUCAGCGAGGAGGCGCCUUAUGUGCACGUCAACAGGGAGCAACCUUCAGUUCAGACUCGAUGAGCGCACAGCUCACAGCAGCCUGGACCUCUUCAAGAAAGACACCGGCAUCAUCUACCGCAUGCUGGGCCUGGACCCUUCCAAAGUCCAAGACGACCCCGAGCGCUUCCGAGAUUGGGCUGUCGUGUUCGGCGACAAAAAGAUUAGCGGCGGACGACACUACUGGGAGGUGACGGUCAAAAAGUCCCAGGAAUUUCGCCUGGGGGUAGCAGAGGCGCUGAUGUCCAGAGACGAGUGCGUGGGCACCAACAGCUCCUCCUGGGUGUUCGGCUACGCUCAAAGGAAGUGGUUCGCCAUGACCAACAGCAAGGUAGUUCCUGUGACUCUGGUGGGAAAGCCGGACCGAGUGGGGAUCCUGCUCGACUAUGAAGCGGGGUUCCUGGGACUGGUGGACACCGAGAAGCCCAGAAUCAUUCACGCUCUCAGGGCUCGGUUCGGAGCUCCCGUCUGCCCCGCGUUUGGACUUUGGGACGGGGAGCUUCUUACACAUUCUGGUCUGGAAGAACCCGCAGGACUGAACUGAACAUGGGAUUAAUACAGAUGACUGCCGGCGCUUAUCAGGCAAACAUUUAUCAGCGUCCUGAAUAAUUGUUCAGGAAAAUCAGCAAUAGGACUUAACUACAGAUAAUGUAAAUUACUGUGGUCCCGUGAAUCAUCACAUGGAAUAAUGUAAACUCAUUCAGUGCGCGUGUCGUCGAGGCUCGACGACACGCUGGAAUAUUACCUCAGAGACUAAAAGAGGAAACAAGGACGUGUGGUUUUGUUUGAUAAACAUUAGCUGCCAAUUCUUUCUUAUACAGUGCAUGCCGUGGUAUUCUUCACAAUCGUAAACCUUAAACCGCCACAGAACCUCUUUCUGUCCGUAUUCAUACCAUGUAUUGUUUAAUAAAAUAACUUCAAUGACA